CUAAAUAAUCGAAACCAGCAAAAACCAAUCUCCAAUCUUGGAACUAAAGAAACAUUUUCAGAGAUUCUUCAACCAUGGAAGAGGAAAUCCAUAAACCAAACUGCAAGAGGAAUGUCUCCGGCGAACUCGACGUUUUCGAAGCCACUCGAUACUUCUCCGACUUCAACGAACCAACUACGAUCGAGUACUCAAGAAUCCAGACUCAGAAACAGAGCACUAUUACAGAAAUUCGACAGAACAGAGUGCACCCUGAAACAGAAAAUCAGCUCCCGGAACCCAGAGCCAUCGUCAAGGAGAUGACACGUGACGGUGGUGGGAAGCUAACCAGUUUCUUGAACUCUCUGCUUCGUUCCGCGGGUUUAAAGAAACCAAAGCCCAAAGUCAAAGUCAACUCCGGAGCGGAGAGUCCACGAGGAGAAAGGAGGAGGAGGAAGAGCUGCGUGGUGACCACACACGCCGCAGAUGCUUCACCGAUCUCCGGUGCCGGAGCGUGGAGUUUAAACGCGCGUAGGAGAAGCUUCGAUGAGAGACACGUGAAAGAUUCGAAGAAGAGUGAUCAGAAGUUAAACAUGAGGCUUUGUGAGAGUCUCUGUCCGGACCAGAAGGUCGAGUGCAAAGAUCGGAAUGCAAAAGACGAUGAUGUAAAUGGUGGAUGUGAGAGUGAUUCAAAUUCUGAAUCUGAUCUUUUUGAAUUGGACUUGUUUGCCAAAUCAAACCCAUAAUUAAGAACGG